AUUUUCUACGGUCGUUUUAUUACACCUGCGACAGUAUCAGACGUUAAACGCGUUGUCGGUGAUUAGUGGUGAUCAAUAAGCGCGUGUUUUUUUACGGAUAAAUAUCAAGUUAACCUGCACGGUGAGCAGUGUGAUUAGCGCGUCGUUGCACAAGCCUGUAAGUCAGUAACGGCGCUGUCUAAAUACAUCCAGCUUCUAAAUUUAGCACGAAUGUAACGGGGCUGGUAUGUCAUCGGGCCUGAGCGCAAUACAGUUAGAACAGGAGUACACAUGUGCUGUAAACAGUAUUAGUGUAUUACUGUGUUUUGACAGUAGCUGGAGCAGUCACAGGACUCAGCUGUUUGCACUGUUCGUCGCACACAGUUUGCGUAAAGGAGGCAGCAAAAAAAUAAAAAGGGAGAUGUGCGAUAGUACUGUGGGAAAGAUGUAAAGGUGUCACUGUGUUGUACGUGUUUGUGUCUCUGGUUUCUCUUGUUACUGUUCAGCUUGUCUCUUGGUGGAUUAAUGCACCGUAGGGGAGAUUAGUAUUUAAUUUCGGAGUGUCCACAUUCAGCGCCUGCGUCAUGAUUCAGCGCAGUGCUGACAUGUUGCAAAAAAAGAAAAAAAACAACCCAAAACUAAUCCUGGCUGAAUUUAAGGAGUCCCCUUGGCUUUUGGGUAUUUGUUUCCUUUUAUCCCGCUUUUCGGCUUGGAGACUUGGAUGUGGAUUUGAAAUCAUGAUUAAGAUUAUGGUUUUGAGAGUUUGGUGCUGGGUUUUUAGUAAUGGCCAUCUGUUUUAUUCUGCUGCUGUGUCUUUGAGUUGUUGAACAGAAGUUUGAGUCAGACUGCCACAUGCACAGAGUGGCAUCUAGAAUAGUUGCUCUGUUGUGGCCAGAAACCUCCAAUCGGACACUGUUAUUGCAUCAGUUAUCUCAUUUAAAGUUGCCUGAGGCAAUAUUGUCUACCACUGUAUACUCUGCAUCUAGCUUUGUGUGAUGAGGUCGUGGAAGUGAUCCAUUUGAGCCAAAAUCCCACUCUUCAGGGUGCUUAAACGCUCUGUUGCAGGCAGCUUUUUCUACCCUUGGCUCUGUAUGAUGUCAUUUAGAGCUCAUAUCCCUACUACAGCAAUCAGGGACACUCAGCAGUCCUACCCACCUGCCAGUCAUACCUUUUGCAUGCAAGUGCGUGGCCGUUGACGGAAAGCAGGCUUAAAAAUGGAGCUAAGAUGGCUUGUUUCAGACCGUGGAUGGACUGCAGCUUUUCAUCACAGCUCAGUAUUUGAAUUCUGCAUGAUAAUGCAAAGCUAAGCUAUGGAGCUGGGAAUGAGCACAUUGGGUCCACUUUAUUAUUGAGUUGUCAUUACAUUUGCAUCUACAUGCUUGCAACAGUACACAACUCUUCAAACUGUUCAGCAAAGUAGGAAUAUUUGCAGGACUGUGUGCUGGAAUGCAUUAGUCUUACCUUGGUUAACCUGAGAAACUUUCAACUGUGAGCAUGUGGUACAAAUAUUUGUACAGCAGUUCACACAGUGCAGGUUUCACCAAGAAGACUAGCCCUUUGGCUUUAGGCUUCCCGCCCAUUGCCUUAUAAAUCAGCCCCACCCCUUCAUGUUUUACUGGGUUUCAUAAUACUGAGCUUACUCAAGCGCUCACUGUAGCUGUAGCUGUGCUGGUGAGAAGUCCUCCUAUUACAAAGGGGAAGAGGAUCGUCAUUCUCUGGCCUGUCUCUACCAGCCUUUUCGAUCAGCUGCUUGUUUUCUUUGUGUCCGGAGGAGAAGAGACGAGUCAUUCACUACGGCUUCACUGGUGUCCGUAGCUUCUGUCAUCUACCAGCGUGAGCCAGCAUGGAGGAAGAGUCUAAACAAAGAAGUCUGAACAUGGAUUUUUCCCAGCUGCACACAUACACGCCACCACAGUGUGCUCCAGAGAACACCGGCUAUACUUACUCUCUCAGCUCCAGCUAUUCAACAGCAGCGUUAGAGUUUGAGAAAGAGCACCAGAUAGCCCCUGUGUACGAGUCGCCCAGGAUGUCACGACGGAGCCUGCGUCUGCAGACCAGUGCCAGUCACUAUGGAAACGAGAACCUGGCUGAUUACUCCCAGAACCACCACAGCAGCAGUAGCAGCAGCAGCUACACCAGCACCAGGAGAGAGACACGGACGCUGCGGAGCAGAAAGCAACAGUCCAGUUCCAACUCCCUGUCUUUAUCCCUGAGCCAGGCCGCCACACCGAGGAAAACCCUCACCUUCUCAGCUGCUAAUACCCCUAUUAACAGCAGCAGCAGCUUGCAGCAAAGCAGCACAGCGUCUGAUGCCGCUCAGAUCACAGCCAUCGUGGAGCAGCCGCAUCUGAGGCAACGCACUGUCACCACCACCACAACAACAACUUGUGUGGAUGGACACUGGGGGCAGCCUCCCAGCCACAGUUUAUCAAGCGUCAACGGCGAUGCCAGUACGUCAAAGUCCCACGCCGCACUCUCCAAUGGCUACAUUUGCAGAGACUGCUCUUUACACUCUCCAAAGAUGGACUCCUUUGUCACACAGUCCGCAUCGUCAUUAUUAUCGUCAUCAUCGUCGUCAACAUUUCAAGCUGCCGAACCUUCCACGGACGCCCUCUCGUCAACAUCAUCACCUUUCACCAGUAUUUACAGCAGAGACAGGAGUCGAAGGAACAAGACGGGUGUCCUGGCUUCUAUGUCUAACACGUGUAUACGCUACAGCAAACAAGCCUUGGCCCCCAUAGUGUCCUUAGUCACUGUGCUCUUCAACAGUGUGGUCUGGCUGGGUUCAAGGGCCAAGAGCCAAACAGGAACAGGUGCCUUGACAUCGUUUUCGGACUCUGUGAGACAAGCGGCGUCCUCAAGUUUAUCCCAACUGUGGCUAUUAAAGCAGACCACUCUCCACAGGAUGAUGGGCCACGGGGCUAAUGGAUAUGAAGGACAAGCUCACUCGAGCUUCUGUGGAAGCAUGAAUGUGAAGGAUCUGGUUACUGAAGAUGCGUCACAUCUUAAUCUCAAUGGCUCCCUGUGUGAUGACUGUAAAGGGAAGCAGGUCUCUGAGACACACACCGUCCUCCUCAAACAGUCCUCUAGGUCCCGCCGACUGGCGGGGGCACUGUGGAGCGUCCUAGUUUAUGCAGGUCACUGCCUCCUCCAGCCAGGUUACUGUGUGAUGAGAGCAGGCAAAGCUUUAGGUUCAGGUGUAGGGACGGCAGCACAAAGGGUGCUCUCACUGUUCUGGAUGCUCCUGGCGGCUCCAGUGAAGGCAGGCAAAGGACUUCUGUGGUUUCUUGCAACAGGAUGGUACCAGCUGGUGUCUCUCAUGUCUCUGCUCAACGUCUUCUUUCUAACCCGAUGCCUUCCCAAACUCUGGAAGCUCCUGUUGUUGCUUUUGCCCCUUUUGCUCCUCCUUGCCUUGUGGUUGUGGGGUCCAUCCACUGCUGCCCUGUUUGCCUACCUACCAGCCAUAAACCUAACAGAGUGGCGUCCUGCGUCUUCCUUCAACUUCUUGUCAAAUUUGGUACCAGUUCCCGCUUCUGUACCUGGCCCUGCACCAGAGGCUCCAAUGGAGCAGACCCCAGCCACCCCAGUUUCACAUGCACCGCCAGUCCUUCCCCCUGUGGCAGUCUCCAGUGUGGACAUGGAGCGUCUUGAACGCGUCGAGCGCCAGCUAGCCCUGCUGUGGGAGCGAGUCCAGCAGGGAGACCAGAAGCAGGAGCAGCGCCAUGACAACGUUUUGGGUCUCUACAGCACCCUGAGGGAGCAGCUCCAUACGCAGACUGACAGGGAGAGCCUAGGACUGUGGGUGGCCUCCAUGCUGGACCAGAGAAUCGGUGUGCUGCGAGGAGAGCUGGAGCAGGAGAACACACAGAGAGCGCAGGGUGCAGAGCUGCAAAAACAACACCAAGAGAAUCAGGCAGCACGACUGGCUGAUUUAGAGUUACUGCUCAAAGCUCUGUCUGCUAAGACUGAGGAGGUGCAGCAGAAGCAGCAGCAGUAUGAACAUGAGAAGAAAAAAAGAGAGAAAGAAGCUGUCACUUCAGCAGCAGACACAGCUCCUGUGAGUGUGGGGGUGAAGCAGGAGGACCAUGACGCUCUGCUAACAGAAGUACAGAGACUUGAGGUAGAGCUGAGUAAAAUCAGACAGGACCUGCAGGGCGUUGCAGGAUGCAAGGGCAGGUGUGAGCAGCUGGACACGCUGCAAGACACUAUAUCAGCCCAGGUGUCCUCUCAGCUGCGUAAGGAGUUGCAGGCUCUGUUCUUUGGUGGUGGUGCUUCCGGAGAGGAGCAGGGCGAGGUGCCCGAGUCUCUGAUCCACUGGCUGUCCCAGCGCUACGUGAGCACGCCUGACCUGCAGGCUUCUCUGGCGUCACUGGAGCUUAGCAUCCUGAGAAACAUAUCCCAGCAGCUGGAGGUCAGCCGGACCCAGACAGUGGUUGAGGCUGAGUCCAGAGCCAAGAGCAUUGUUCAGACAGUAACCGGAACUGUCCGGCACGCUUCUGCUGCCGAGGGACUGACAGAAGAGCAAGUGAAGCUGAUUGUGCAGAAUGCUCUGAAGCUCUACUCCCAGGAUCGGACAGGCCAGGUGGACUAUGCCCUGGAGUCUGGAGGUGGCAGCAUCCUCAGUACUCGCUGCUCCGAGACAUAUGAAACCAAGACGGCCCUCAUGAGUCUGUUUGGCCUGCCACUCUGGUACUUCUCCCAGUCUCCACGUGUUGUCAUUCAGCCUGAUGUGUAUCCUGGAAACUGCUGGGCGUUUAAAGGCUCUCAGGGCUAUCUGGUGAUCCGCCUGUCCCUGAGGAUCCUGCCCACAUCCUUUGCUGUGGAGCACAUCCCUAAGACCCUCUCCCCAACUGGAAACAUCACCAGCGCCCCACGCAACUUCACCGUCUUUGGUCUAGAUGAUGAGCACCAAGAAGAGGGAAAGCUGCUGGGAAACUACAUAUACCAGGACGAUGGGGAAUCACUGCAGAUCUUCCCGGUUAUGGAGGAGAAUGACAAGACGUUCCAGAUAAUCGAAGUGAGGGUGUUGUCCAACUGGGGUCACCCCGAAUACACCUGCCUGUACCGCUUCAGAGUCCACGGAGAACCUAGACCUCGCUGAACCAACCACCACCACCACCAUACUCCCUUAUAUAUGAUGCACCACCCCAUCUGUACAUAGCUCUCACUGGCUUAAACCCUUAAAACUGAAGGGACUCUGCAGGAAGUUUGUGGAUGUUUUUGUAUGAAAAGCAAAGAAGAUGUGGAUUGUUUAAAGCAAUGUGCUCGGGCUGAGUCAUGAACGUAGUUUUUUGCGUUAUUUGAAAGAAUCACAGGAAAGUUUGGAUGAAGACUGUUAAAGAUUGAGAGAAUUUGAACCACAGAAGAAGCUAAGUCCCACUGCUACCCUUUUCAAGGCCUCUUGCACUGAAUCAGCCCCCACCCCUGAGGGCACCAAGGCUCGCGUGAGCCGACAAACCCACCAGUCCCCCCUUGGCACCUUCUACAAGAAGGUGGACGCUUGACAUAGGGAGGGGGGCGGGGUUACAGACUCAUCUCCACCAAUUCUUCACACACUGUAUCUGUCUGAUUUUUUUUUUUCUUAUCUCUGUUUAACUUUUCUUUUUUAAUGUUUCACAUCAGAGUCUACUAUUUUCAGGAUGAAGACCACUGCACCUUUGCCUGAGAUGAUAUCCAGGCAUGUCACUUCCUUUGUUGCUGUCUAGUCUCCACAGUGACUCCUACAGAACUGUUUUGCGCAGUCUGCAGGUCUGCACUCGACGCAUUAGAUCCACUACAUUCUAAUCUUGGCUUCAUGCUUCCAUAUAGCCAUAACUAAGACUUUUAUUUUGGAACUGAACAUGCUGCCUAUGGAUAAGCGCUGAAUGUUUUCUGAAGCGGAGGCUCUGAUGCAAGUUUCCUUUAACUACACAGCAACACUAUAAAACCACUGACCUGAGCUCUAUGUGACUAAAGUAUUAGGAGGAUCCUCACUAUACGUCUCAUUAUGUAGAGACUUGAGUGUUAACUCGUAGACUCAUAGUUUUUACACCAUGAAAUUACCAAUGUUGAACUACUCCUGUCACUAACUUUGCUUUUUCUGUUCUGCUAUCAAGAAGAGGUUCACUGUCUCCCUCUAGCUCAGUUAAUCGUCCUCCUCACAUGAGCUCCCACUAUUCUGAAAACCCUGAAGGAAUGUAAUCUGUAUAUUUUAUUGUUGAUAGCUGAUGCGCUGAUCCUUUAUAAUAUCUCCUUUUAUCAGUGUUGCUUUAUAAAAAACCCAACAUCCUGUCAUUAUUAUUGUACUACUAUUAUUUCUUCUGUUACUCGUGGUAUUUUACUUCUUUCUUGAUUUGAUUUUUGAGGGUGUUCAUUUUAGAGGAUGCUCUGCAAGAACUUGUUAGACAAAUGUUUGUGGCACGGGUCUUCACAAUUUCUUUAAAAUUAAGGGUUCUGUCAUCAAUUUUGGUUCAAAAUAUGGGAAAGUCUAAAUUGUUAUGUGUAAAAAGGAAAAAAAAAGACUUUUGUUCACAACCUUAUUUAUUAACAAGUCAAUUAGUGGCUGCAAGGUAAGACUUCCUGCAAUGUAUAUUUUGUUAAAAGCUGUUCAGUGCAUUUUGGAACCAUCUUAGUUCUUUUGUUUGUUUGUUUGUUUUUUAAAGAUAAAUGGCUAUUUUUGUUCAGUCAUGAGAUGACUUAACUGCUUUGGAAUAUAUUCCAAUAAAGACUUUAAUUUUGAAAAAAUAAAAACAUCAUGGCUAAAAAUUA